CGCAGGUGGACGCUCCGCAACUCCCGAGAUAAUGAAGGGAGAUUAGAAAGGACGUGUCCUUACUGCUUCCAGUUCCUGGUUCCUGAUAGCCACCGGGUGCGCCUCAAACCAAAGAUGAAAGUGACUCCACAGAUAGAGAAAGUUCUUAAACGAGAGGCAAAAAACCAUAAACUUAAUAUGAAACAGACAAAGCUUUUGAAAAGGUACAGGGAGUCAAGAAGCGUGCUGCUGGUUACUUGCAACUCGUGCAACAAAACAACAAGACAUUAUGGUAAAAGCAGAGAUUUUCUGGCUACCAAGACACACAAUUGUGGCACUCCAAGUAUUACAUCUAGCCUGAGGACACCAGAUGUAAAAAUUCUGUCUGCAACCAAAGUGACACCUGUAAGCUGCAGUAGGUUGGGAUCUAAAGGGAAGAGUCCCUCAUCGCUUCCCAGAACACGUCUGUCUGGACAAGGGACAACCAGCUCUGCUUCCAAGACUCCCCGAAACUCCAAAUUUCACUUUUCAAAGCUAAAACGGAUGCUCGACUUAGAAGAAAAAGAGAAAAGCCAGAAGGCAGAUUUGAAAAACUUCUUGACUUUACUUUAGUUUUUCCAUUACGUCAAAGUAAUAAAGAUUACAGUAAUAA